AUGCUCUUGAUCCCAGUCACUGCAGUCACUGCAGCCAUUGCGGCCCAGAGCCGGACAUCAGACCAGUCGAGCAUGAGCGUGGACGCCAUGCAAUGCAGAAGACUGCUGGCUGCUGCUUCCGUACUGCCAUCGGUCCUUUUCGAUCCCCUCGGAGUGAAUGACCAGGCGCAUUGGCACGACCAUCAACCGGUGCUAUCGACAAAUUGGGGCUACGUGUGUCCUUUGGAUCAGCGCAGUGCAGCCGAGAUGAAAGUCAGUCGUAGGCCGUCAAAUGGACACUGCUUGCACAUCACAAACACCGUUAGCAUCUCACAGGCCUCAGCUGUCGAGACUCGGGGCGCAUUGCCGGCGUCGAUGCCCCGGGAGUCCUGGUCGCCGCGAUCCGGAUCUGCCAACGCGGAGGUGAAAGCCUGCAGCAGUCACUAUCCCCUGCUCAGUAGUCUCACUCGCCGUGGUCGUGUACACGAGCCAUUACAGGAUGUGCCGUGA